AUGGCCUCUCCACUGUUCUGCAUACUUAGGCAUUUGCAUGUAGUUGGAAAUAGAGCUCAUUUGACUUCUCUUAGGGUAACAGAACUGAAAGUAGAGCUGGAUAUUGAUGCUGGUGGAGCAGCAGGGACAACUGCAGCCAUAGCCACAGCAGCCGAAGAAACAGCAGUGGAAAAAGCACCAAAAGAAGCAGAAAUGGCGACCGUAACAGAAGAACCUGCAGCAGCAGCAGGGCUAACUGCAGCAGCAAGAGAAGCAGCGGCAGCGGAGGCAGAAACAGCAGAAGAAGCAGCAGCAGUAGAAGAGGAAGCAGCAGCAAUAGCAGCUGCAGCAGUAUAG